UCAAUUUGAACUGGUAUUCAAAUAUCGCGAUUAAUUAAUAUUGCAAGAACAAUACAAAAGUUAGAAUUGUGGCGAAUUUGCAACGAUUAAAAAUUCAAAUUACCCGCCAAUGAUUAGAGGUCAACAUGGCUGACGUUAAGACGGAGGUGCCUGAACAUUGCCCAGGAACGCAGAGCAAAGAUGCUGGAAAAGCUUCUGCCUGCGCCGGCUGUCCUAAUCAAACAAUAUGCUCUUCGGGCGAGGCAAAUAAAAUUGAUCCAGGAAUAGAGCUGGUCAAGGAACGGCUUUUGUCCGUUAAACAUAAAAUUUUAAUACUCUCUGGAAAAGGUGGAGUUGGGAAGAGCACAAUAACUUCACUUGUCUCACGGGCAUUGGCUGCGGAUGAUUUGGAACGAAAUGUCGCAGUUUUGGAUAUAGAUAUUUGUGGCCCUUCUCAGCCCAGGGUACUUGGAGUAUUGGGAGAACAAGUUCAUCAAAGUGCUUCCGGGUGGUCUCCAGUUUACAUUGAAGACAAUCUAUCCCUUAUGUCGAUUGGUUUUCUACUGGGAAGCGCAAGCGAUGCAGUAAUAUGGAGAGGGCCGAAAAAAAAUGGUAUGAUAAGACAAUUUUUAUCAGACGUUGAUUGGGGAAGUUUGGACUAUCUGAUACUGGACACGCCGCCCGGUACUUCCGACGAACACCUGUCUGCAACGUCGUACUUGAAAGCUGCAGGGAUCACAGGAGCUCUGGUCGUAACAACACCACAGGAAGUUGCCCUACUCGACGUAAGAAAAGAGAUUGAUUUUUGCAACAAGGUCAAAAUCCCGAUUAUUGGUAUAAUCGAGAAUAUGAGUGCGUUUAUCUGCCCCAAGUGCAAGAAUUCCGCUGAAAUAUUCCCAGCAUCGACAGGUGGAGGUCGUCAAUUAGCCAAGGAUUUGAACAUAGAAUUCUUGGGAUCAAUCCCACUGGAUCCACUCCUGGCAAGAUGUUGCGACGAGGGUAAAAAUUUUAUGACUGAAAUGCCAGACUCACCAGUCGUGGCCGUGCUAUCGCCUAUGAUUCAAAGGAUCAUACAGAAGUGCGAGAAGACCGAAGUCAGCUCGGCAGUGGACGAUUAACAUCAGCCAACAUUUCCAUCUACACUACGGUUACAAAUAUCGUAAAUUAUCUUCUUUGUAAAAAAGUACCCAGGUAUUUGCGAAAGUCAGAACCUGAUGCAAUACUGGUGGGUAUGUGGUGAAUGUUAAUGUCCCUAGCGCAUGAUAUGAUUGCUACGCUCGAAUUAGACUAGCAUCAGCCUCGGAAACGGACGAGAUUCGUAUAAGAAUUUUAUUCGCAAAGAAACGUGCGGGGUAAGACGUAUAUUUUAAUAGAAUAAUAUUUAUCUAUUAAAAUUUUAUGCGAAAAAUAAAUGUUGUUACAUUAAA